UCACUUUUCAGGUUCUUAGCAACUGCAGAAGAACCGUACUUUUGCUUUUUCUCUUAUCUCUAUAUUACUGCGAGCAUAUAAACAAGAAGAGAACCCAUACAUGAGUUUGUGUAAGAGAGUGAACCGAGAUGAAGCAUUUUGCCUUUGUCUUUCUUCUGGCCAUUCUGGUCCCUCAGGAGUGUUUCCAUGCCACCGUGGAAGCAAGGGAUGGUUUCGUCAGAACCAGAGGCACCCACUUCAUGCUGAAUGGAUACCCUUACUAUGCAAAUGGCUUCAACGCCUACUGGUUAAUGUACACGGCUUCUGACCCAUCUCAGAGGUUCAAGGUUUCAAAUGCCUUCCGAGAAGCAGCAAGUCACGGCCUUACUGUUGCUAGAACUUGGGCCUUCAGUGACGGUGGUUAUAGACCCCUGCAAUAUUCCCCUGGUUUCUACAAUGAGCAAAUGUUCACGGGGUUGGAUUUCGUUAUAUCUGAGGCCAGAAAGCACGGAAUUAAGCUCAUACUGAGCUUGGUGAACAACUAUGAAAACUUCGGAGGCAAGAAGCAGUAUGUGAACUGGGCUAGAAGUCACGGCCAGUACCUUACUUCAGAUGAUGAUUUCUUCAGGAGCCCUGUUGUUAAGGGUUACUACAUGAACCAUGUCAGGACUGUUCUUAACAGAUACAACAGAUUUACUGGAACCCAUUACAAAGAUGACCCAACAAUCAUGGCGUGGGAGCUCAUGAAUGAGCCUAGGUGUACAUCGGAUCCUUCAGGAAGGACUAUUCAGGCGUGGAUCACGGAAAUGGCUUGGUUUGUGAAGUCGAUAGACAGGAACCACUUAUUGGAGGCAGGACUGGAAGGGUUUUACGGUCAAUCAACACCACAGAGAAAAAGAUUGAAUCCCGGUUUCGACAUAGGCACAGAUUUCAUUGCAAAUAACCGAAUCCCAGCCAUUGAUUUUGCAACGGUCCACUGUUACCCCGACCAGUGGGUAUCGAGCUCCAACGUGCAGUAUCAGCUUUCGUUCUUGAACAACUGGCUCAGUGCUCACUUCACGGACGCGCAAUACGCUAUAAGGAAACCGAUUCUGGUAGCGGAGUUUGGGAAAUCGUUUAGGGGUUCGGGGUACGAGGCGUACGAGAGGGAUGAAGUGUUCAAUGCAGUGUAUUACAAAGUAUACGCUUCGGCUAAGAGAGGAGGAGCAGCAGGGGGAGCGUUGUUCUGGCAGCUUCUGACCGGAGGAAUGGAAUCUUUCCAAGACGGUUAUGGGAUCAUGCUUGGCCAGAGUUCCUCUACGGCCGAUCUCAUUGCACGCCAGUCUCGGAAGCUCUAUCUGAUUCGGAAGAUCUUCGCGAAGGUUGCGAACAUGCGGCGGUGGCGAAGGGCAAGAUCCAGAGCCGGCAGAGGGUUUUCUGGCGGUUCUGGAGGUGGAAACGGAGGUAGCCACGUCGGCAACUAAAACGGAAAAUUACUACCUCACUACUUACUACUAGCUUAUUAUUACACACAGUUCAAGUUUGUUCCUUUGUGUGACACGGGUUUCUCACCAAUACACGGCCAUGGAGGAUGGCCCCACCAGAAUAUCUUCGAGAUGAAUCGUUGUAGCCACUGGUUAGCUAUGUACACGUGUGUCUUCUUUGUUUAACCUUCACUCCUAUACGCAGCACAAGCAGCUCGUGAAUUCUUCCAUGGUGUCUACUUCUUGGUUGCUCAACCUCACUUUACUUUUUAACUUUGGAACGAGAACAAGAAUGCUGUUCAUGUUAUUAUAACCUAAAGUUUGAAUUAAAAGUAUAUCAUAAAGGCAAGUUAUGUUUACUUUGACAUAUCUUAUGUUUACAUUUUUUU